GACAAUCCCGGCUUUGAAUCACUUCCUCCAGCUUCUCUUACCCGUGAAGACGUCUCCUUGUUCCAGAUAGACAUGCCGGGGCUCCUGAGGACUGUCGCCGCGCGCUCUUCAACUGUCCUGCGGGGAUACACCAUCACGCAGAAGGCGAGCAUUUACACCCGACCGCCGAAGGAUACAAUCGGAGCUUUUGAAACUGCUGUUGGGAUGGGCUUGUUCUCCUUGGCCAUCCUGGGACCCUCCGGAUGGAUCCUGGCUCACCUGGAGGACUACAAGAAGAGGGAAUGACCGGGACUUCUCAGCUGUCUGACGAACAUCUCCAUAUUCCUCCACAGAGAAUAACCUGGACCAGUUUUACUUCUCUACCUCCUCCAGUCCCAGCUCCAAUCCCAGUCCCAGCUCCAGCUCUAGUCCCAGUCCAAGUCCAGUCCCAGCUGGAGCUCUGAACAUGUCUAAACUUGUGCAUCUUUGCUCCUGAUGGAAAAUGUUACAGAAUUAAAAUCUUAAACAUG